AUGUAAGCAAAACGAGAAUAUCUUUGUCCAAUUUCAGAACCAAAACCCAAUGAAACUCCAAUAUACAGACAUCCAAUGGCAAAAGAUGGAUUUUUACCCCCCUUAGACAAUAGAAAGGUGAAUAUGCAACAACAAUUUCUAGUCCAAUUUGAAAAGCUAUCUGAGAAGAAAACAUUGGGAACUUUCAAUGAAGAAACCCAACGAUACGAUCACAUUUCAUACAAAGAAUUGUAAGAAAUUGCAACUUCUCUUGGUUCUUCCCUUUGUUUAUAGGAUUCAAUUAAAGAGGUCAAAGAUUAGUAAAACAAUGUAAUUAAGCCUGUGGGAAUUUAUUUAUCCAAUAGAAGGGAGUGGACACUAAUAGAUGUGGCCUGUAUCUUAUAUGGAUUUACAUCUUGUCCAUUUUAUGAUACUCUAGGAGUUGAAAGUAUCACAUAUUCUAUGAAUAUCACUCAAGUGAGUGUGUGUUUUGUAUAAGCAAGCACAAUAGGAUUUUUGGCCAAAUCGAAUUUACCUUACUUAAAAACCAUAGUAACAAUUGGAGCCCAAGAUCCAGCCAUCCUAAACACUUUGGCAUAGUAAAAGAAAGAAGUGAUCACCUGGGAAGACUACAUUAAAAAGUCAGAUGGAAAGGUCUAACCUUUUCCAAACUUGGACGCAUAACACCCCUUAACCUUAGUUUUCACAAGUGGCACAACUGGGGAACCAAAGGCAGCUAUUUAGACUCAUCUUAAUUUUACUUCAAUGCUUGCUCUCUUUGAACAUUAAGAUAAUUUCAAUUUUACACAAGAUGAUGUGUAUUUGUCAUAUCUACCAUUACCCCAUACGUUUGAGAGGGUGGUUCAUUUGGCAGCUUUAUCAGGAGGAGCCGAAAUCAAUUACUUUAGUGGAAACAUACAAAAUAUAGCUAGAGACAUUCAAAGAUGCAAACCAACCUACUUUUGUGGAGUCCCCAGAAUUUUCAACAGAUUUUAUGAAGGAAUUCAGGCUUAAUUGAAUUCUUUGCCUCCUGAAAUCUAAUAAAAAUUUGAACUUGCUCUUGGUGCCAAAACAAAGUAUUAUAGAGCCACAGGUAAAACAACUCAUGAUCAAUUGGAUGAGGCCUUUGUUAAGACCAGAGCUAUACUUGGUGGUAGACAGAGAAUUAUGAUCACUGGUGCUGCCCCAAUUUCACCAAAGAUUUUGGAGUACUUAAAAGUUUGUUUCUGUUGUUAAAUCAUUGAAGGCUAUGGAUAGACAGAAACUACUGCUGCCUCAUUCUUAACUGAUUAUAAUGAUUCUGUAUGUGGUCAUAUUGGUGGGCCAACCAUUUCUUAGGAAUUCAAAUUAGUCAGUGUUCCAGAGAUGGAUUAUUUAACUGAUUAGAUUGUUGAUGGACAAAAGAAAAUAAGAGGCGAAGUUUGUUUGAGAGGACCAAGUGUUAUUAAGAGUUAUUUCAAUAAUGUUUAAUCAACUAAAGAAACUAUUGAUGAAGAAGGUUGGGUGCACACUGGUGACAUUGGAGAAAUCAUUGAUGGAGCACUUAAAUUGAUCGAUAGAAAAAAGAAUCUGUUCAAGUUAUCACAAGGAGAAUAUGUUUCACCAGAGAAAAUUGAAAAUUGCUAUUUGAGAGUUAAAGGAAUCUCUGAAAUCGUCGUUUUUGGUGACUCUCUCUCCAAUUAUACAGUUGGAGUUAUUGUACCUGAAUAGACAUUUUUGAAACAAUGGGCAACUGAAUUGAAUGUCUAAGGAGAUCAUGCAUAAUUGUGUUAAGAUAAAGCUGUUAGAGCUCAUGUCUUAAAAUUAGUUAAUGAAUAAGGAAAACAAGAUAAUCUAAAUGGAUUUGAGCAAAUCAAGAAUGUUUAUUUAGAGCCAAAACCUUUUAUGUUAGUUGGAAUAUUGACUGAAACGAUGAAAAUGCAAAGACAUAAAGCCAGAUAACACUAUCAAGACAUCAUUAAAUUCCUUUAUUAAGAAAUAUGA